UCUGAAAUUAUUGAAUUGGUGCGAAGCCAAAGAAGUUGUUAACGAAAACAUUACCGGACUUGUUGACUUCCUAAUCACUACUCACUCUCCUUGGAGCAGAAAUGGAGUUGAGCUGAAUUCUGGAAGAAGCGCCACACUCCAUGCGAACCGCGCUGAAGAAAACUGUUACUCCGAGCAUCGGAGCUCCGGCGGCGCAGCUCAGACUUCGACCGGCAACAAUGGCCAGAACACGCCGGCUCGGAACCACGAUACUGAUAUUCCUGCUUUCUAUAUUCUCGUUUGGAGCUUUCACGCCAGUGUUUGCUCCGCUGCCUUCCAUAUCCUCUCCGUCUUCCCUAUCUAAAUCCAGUGACGGCGACAGGAAAUUUGAGAUCGCGGAUGAUAUGUUCUGGAAAGAUGGAAGACCUUUCCGGAUAAUUGGAGGCGAUGUGCAUUACUUUCGGACUCUUCCUGAGUACUGGGAAGAUAGAUUAUUGAGAGCAAAGGCAUUAGGAUUGAAUACAAUUCAAACUUAUGUUGCAUGGAAUUUACAUGAACCAAGACCAGGCCAAUUGACUUUUGAAGGAAUCGCAGAUAUCUUUUCAUUUUUGAGCCUUUGCCAGAAACUGGAUUUACUAGUUAUGCUUCGAAUUGGACCAUAUAUCUGUGGAGAGUGGGAUUUGGGAGGUUUUCCAGCUUGGUUGCUUGCUAUAGAACCAGCCAUUGGACUUCGAUCAUCGGACCCUGCUUUUACUAACUUGGUUGACAGAUGGUGGGGAAUAUUACUUCCAAAAGUCACCCGUUUUCUUUACGAAAAUGGAGGCCCUAUUAUAAUGGUCCAGAUUGAAAAUGAGUUUGGUUCAUAUGGAGAUGACAAGGAAUACCUUCAUCAUUUGGUGAAGUUAGCCAGAAAACACCUUGGAGAUGAUGUUGUCCUAUACACUACAGAUGGAGGUACCAGGGAAACUCUAGAGAAAGGAACUAUUCCUGGAGGUGCCGUCUUUUCAGCUGUUGACUUCUCAACUGGAGAUGAUCCAUGGCCAAUAUUUGAAUUGCAGAAAGAGUUUAAUGCACCCGGAAAGUCACCACCUCUUUCUAGUGAGUUCUAUACUGGUUGGCUGACACACUGGGGAGAGACAGCUGCAAAGACUGAUGCAGCUUUUACAGCAGCUUAUCUGGAAAAGAUUUUAGCAGGGAAUGGAUCUGUUGUCCUCUAUAUGGCACAUGGUGGAACAAACUUCGGAUUUUAUAGUGGUGCAAACACUGGUUCAGAUGAAUCUGAUUACAAACCUGAUCUUACAUCCUAUGAUUAUGAUGCACCUAUCAAAGAAUCUGGUGAUGUGGACAAUGCAAAGUACCAAGCUCUCCGAGAAGUGAUUGCUAAAUACAGUGCAACACCUCUCUCUUCAGUUCCUUCCAAUAAUGAAAAGAAAGCUUAUGGAAUUAUUAAGUUACAGAAAACUCAAUCAUUGUUUGAUGUAAUUAACUUUAAAGAUCUUGAUGGUAUGAUAGCAUCCGAAAACCCUUUGCCAAUGGAGUCUUUGGGUCAGAUGUUUGGAUUUGCGUUAUACGUAUCCAAUUUCACUGCAAAGGGCAAUGGAAGUGUGUUGUCAAUACCAAAGGUGCAUGACAGGGCACAGGUCUUUCUUUCAUGUCCUUCAGACGGUAAUGAAGAAUGGCCAAGAUAUAUAGGCACUAUAACAAGAUGGUCUAACAUACCCAUUGUCCUUCCUUUCACUAAAUGUACUUCAAAGAAAAGAUUGUCUAUAUUGGUUGAAAAUCUGGGGCGUUUAAAUUACGGGCGAUAUAUAUUUGAUCAGAAGGGUAUAUUGUCCUCUGUUUAUAUAGAUGGAAGACCUUUGAAUAAGUGGAGAAUGUUGGCAGUUCCUCUCCAUAACCUAGAUGACGAUCAACUGGUCAAUUCUAUUAUUCCAAAUUUACAUGCCAACAUCCUAAAAGCAUCUGCAAGAUCUGCACGCAAGAAAUUGAAAAAUAAAAUAAAGCGUGAUCCAGAACCAGCUUUCUACUCUGGUCAAUUUACUGUCGACAAUGUUAAAGACACAUAUAUAUCACUACGUGGCUGGAGUAAGGGUGUUACAUUUAUCAAUGGCUUUAACAUAGGACGAUUUUGGCCGUCAUUUGGGCCACAGUGUAAUCUUUAUGUCCCUGCUCCAAUCCUUAAAGAGGGGGAAAACCUUGUGGCAAUUCUUGAGUUGGAAUCAGCAAACCCUGAUCUUUCAGUGACAUCUGUUGAGCAGCCUGACUUUACCUGUGGACCCUCAAGUUCAUAUGUGCAUCAACUCUGACAAAAGCAUGGAUGCUCUCACCAGCUUGUCACCACUACAAACUUACUAUCCAGGUUGGUUUUUAUAGGGGAUGAGGGUUUGUGGGGUAAACAGUUGAAACUUGAGUUUAAAUUGUUUUAAUGCUCCAGAAGAGGCAAAACAAACUAUACAAUUCAGAGUGCCAAUGGUCUGUGCAUGUAAAGAAUAAAAAGUGGGGAAAUUUUCUCAAGGAUUUGGUGUAUUACAAAGUCUUA